AUGUCCGUCGGAGAAUUCCCCGUCAAAGGGAAGAUUGUGGUCGUCACGGGCGGCGGAUCAGGUAUCUGUCUGGCCUUUGUCAAACUCGCCGUGCAGCAGGGCGCUCAAGUCCUGAUCGGCGACCUGAAGCUCGGCCCCGAAGCCGCAGCUUUCGCGACGAGUGCGGGACCCGACGUCGUCAAGUUCGUCAAGUGCGACGUGACGGACUGGCGGGACCUGGAGAACUUGAUCGUCGUGUCUGAGAGGGAGUUUGGCGACGUCCCGGACGUCUAUGUCCCUGGUGCGGGCGUGUUUGAACCGUACGCCCAGCUCGACAUCAACCUCGCCCACCCCAUCAAGCUGACCCGCCUCGCCAUCCGCGCCCUCGUCGGCCGGAACAAAAAGGGCGUCGUGUGCUGCAUCGCCAGCAUCGGCGGCCUGGACGGACAGUACGCCGCCACGUUGUACUCGGCGUGUAAGCACGGCGUUGUGGGCCUGGUCAAGAGUCUGGGGGACGCCGAUCCCGAGGAGGGCGUCAAGGUCGUGGGGAUUUGUCCUGGCGAAACCGAUACUGACGACUCCCCCACCCCCCACCAUUUUAGAGCCGUCUGGACUCCCCUCUGGACCGACCGCCCCGAGAAGAUGGAACAGUACAGCGUCGCCUCGGACCUGUCCCAGACCCCCGAAGAAGUGGCCCAAUUGAUGCUGGACCUCGUCCAGGACGCCAAAUACACCGGCGGCACCGUCCUCCGGUGUGACAAGACGCGCGCCGACGUGGUGUAUCGGGGCGUGACUGAGUCGUCGGCCGCGACGAGCGGCGGCUUGAGGGGGAAGCUGAUCAAGGGCAGUUAUGACUUUGUGAGGCGGAUCCUUCGGGAUGAGCGAGAAGGUGGCAAGAAGAGGACUUCGCAGCUCUAG